AUGUCGUUGACCAAUGCAUCACCAGAGGAAGCUGCUCGCGCUGCCAAGAUAUCAUCAAGGACUCUAGCAACACUUCCAACCACCGCAAGAAACAAUGCCUUGGAUGCCAUUCAUGAUGCCUUGGCCGCCGAGCGAGAUUCGAUCUUGGCGGCUAACGCAAACGAUCUGGAGCUGGCGAAGAAAUCUGCUGCCAAUGGUGAACUCAGUGCCAGUAUCCUGAAACGUCUUGAUUUGUCUCGAAAGGGUAAAUUCGACGACAUGCUUCAGGGCAUCAAGGACGUUCGAGGUUUAGAAGACCCUGAACUAGACGAAGGCCUCAUUCUCCAGCGGCAAACCUGUCCAAUAGGCGUCCUUCUCAUCAUCUUCGAGGCCCGUCCCGAAGUCAUUGCAAACAUAGCCUCUCUAGCCAUAAAAUCAGCCAACGCUGCUAUUCUGAAAGGUGGCAAAGAAUCGACAGAGUCUUUCAAAGCGAUAUCGACGAUUAUUUCCAAGGCACUGGCAGGCACAGAAGUGCCGAAUGACUCAAUACAGCUUGUCACUACUAGGGAUGCUGUGGAUCCGUUGCUGGAACUGAGUCAGUACAUUGACUUGGUUAUUCCUCGAGGCUCGAACGAGCUCGUGAGCUAUUGUCAACGCAAAGCACACAUGCCCGUGCUUGGACACGCAGACGGUCUAUGCACAAUCUACAUCCACUCCGAUGCCGACAAAGAAAUGUGUGUGAACGUAGUCGUGGACUCAAAGACAGACUAUCCAGCCGCCUGCAACGCCGUCGAAACCCUCCUAGUCCACGAAGACGCGCUCGAAACCAUCCUCCCAGCCGUAGCAGAAGCCCUAAUAACCAAAGGCGUCGAACUCCGCUGCGACGAACCCUCCAAAACCGCACUAUCAAAACAUCUCCCUCAAGACCAGACCUCCCUUCUCCGCGCCUCGACAGAAGCAGACUACACCACCGAAUUCCUCGACCUCACCCUCGCCAUCCGCACAAUCCCCUCCACUCCCUCCCCCGUCGACGCCGCAAUUACCCACGUAAACACCCACGGCUCCCACCACACCGACUGCAUCCUCACCUCCUCGCCUCAAACCUCCACCCACUUCAGCAACGGCAUCGACUCGGCCUGCAAAUUCUGGAACUGCAGUACCCGGUUCUGCGACGGCAUGCGUUUUGGUUUUGGGACUGAGGUGGGGAUUUCCACGAAUAAAGUGCAUGCGCGGGGACCGGUGGGGUUGGAGGGGUUGAUGAUCCAUGAGUAUCGACUUGCUGGACAGGGGCAGGGGGCGGCGAUGUAUGGUGGGAGUGGGGGCAAGGGCUUUAGGCAUAAGAAGUUGCCACUUGCAUAG